UCCGGUAUAAAUACCGUCGUGGCGCGUCGUCAGUGAGUUUUUGCUCUUCCUUCUCCCCCUGGACCUAGACUGUGACUCUAUUGAGACUGAAGAUGGCUGCAGGCAAGGCUCAGAUUGGGAAAGUGGCUCCAGACUUCACAUCUAAAGCAGUGAUGCCAGACGGACAGUUCAAGGACCUGAAGCUUUCAGAUUACAAAGGAAAGUACGUGGUCUUUUUCUUCUACCCAUUGGACUUCACAUUUGUGUGUCCAACGGAGAUCAUUGCUUUCAGCGACGCUGCGGAUCAGUUCAGGAAGAUUGGCUGUGAGGUCAUCGCAGCCUCUGUCGACUCCCACUUCUCCCAUUUGGCAUGGACCAACACGCCACGUAAACAGGGUGGUCUGGGCGCCAUGAAGAUCCCGCUCGUAUCCGACACGCGGCGCACCAUCUCCACAGAUUACGGCGUCCUCAAGGAAGACGAAGGCAUCGCCUACAGGGGUCUCUUCAUCAUUGAUGACAAGGGCAUCCUGAGACAGAUCACCAUCAACGACCUCCCAGUUGGGCGCUCUGUGGAUGAGACGCUGCGAUUGGUUCAAGCCUUUCAGUUCACCGACAAGCACGGAGAAGUGUGCCCAGCCGGGUGGAAGCCAGGAAGUGACACCAUCAAGCCAGACGUCCAGAAGAGCAAAGAUUUCUUCGCCAAGCAGUAAUAAACUCAAGGCCAUAGUCUGCUGCCUGCUGUAGAUUAUGUUUCUAUUACAUUUCCAGUGAUGUUUCAGUCAGCCGUUGGGUGAGAUUUGUCUUUUUUUUUUUUUGUAGUUACAGUGAGAUACAUUUUCUGUAGCGUGAACGGUGCCCUUUGAUCAAAGUAUGGCUCAAUGGUGUGGCAUUAUAUCCUGUACUUACUACUUGACCAAAGCUGGGGGUCUGUUCAGUCAACCGUCAUGCCUUAGUGUGGUUACAAAGGAUUUGUCUUUGUGCUUUGUAUGUUGCACUUUUUUAAACAUUGAACUGAAUUUAUUUCACCUUAAUAAAGAAUACAAAGAUA